UUUCUGCCAUCUAAUCAUUUACAAAUCGAUCAUUUAGUUAGUUAGCUGACCUGUCUGUACGCAAGCUACAAACAUGAAGCCAGUCACAAACUUUGCGCUACACAAAUGGAUACUGUGGAGACGUUUUCCUCUCAGAGCCAGCCGAAUUGUAAGGCUGCAAUAACCAAAUUGGUGCUCUGGAGGCUUGGCUUUCCUAAACAAGUGAAAGUAAAAGUAAAAACUGCUAAAAAGCACCUAGUCAGUCGGGCCUGCAGUGAGCCACAGCUUUGCUUUAAGUCUUCAUCUCGCAACCUACUGAACAUGCUUCACAGUUUGAACCCCCAUCAGCAGCAGAAUGGAGGUUUCUCCUUCGAGAACAGCCGCAGGAAUGCGGUUUUGGAGUCCAGUUUGUUAGAGGGGGCAUACAAAGCUCCUAAUCCCAGAAAGACAGGGACCACCAUCGCUGGGAUGGUUUAUAAGGAUGGAGUGGUUCUGGGAGCAGAUACCAGAGCUACUGAUGACAUGGUGGUGGCUGACAAAAACUGCAUGAAGAUUCACUACAUCGCUCCGAAGAUCUACUGCUGCGGAGCUGGUGUGGCUGCAGAUGCAGAGAUGGCCACACAGAUGAUGGCAUCUAACGUGGAGCUGCACAUGCUCAACACUGGCCGACCUCCACUUGUUGCCAUGGUGACCAGACAACUGAAACAAAUGCUGUUCAGGUACCAGGGACACAUGGGUUCAUCAGUGAUUGUUGGAGGAGUUGAUGUGACGGGAGCUCACCUAUACAGUGUUUAUCCACAUGGCUCCUAUGAUAAACUGCCUUUCCUCACCAUGGGCUCUGGAGCCGCUGCUGCUGUUUCAGUGUUUGAGGACAGAUUCAAACCCAACUUGGAGCUGGAGGAAGCCAAGCAGCUUGUGAGGGAUGCCAUUGCCGCAGGAAUCUUCUGUGACCUGGGCUCAGGCAGCAAUGUGGAUCUGUGUGUCAUAACUGAAGCUGGAGUGCAAUUUUUGAGAGGUUAUGACAAGCCCACAGCAAAGGGUCAAAGAGAGGGACAGUACCGCUAUAAGCCUGGCACCACAGCUGUCCUGACCAAAACUGAGACUCCACUUUCUUUGGAUGUUGUUGAUGAAUCUGUUCAGUUGAUGGAUACUGAAUGAUAUGUUUGAAACAUGUACUCUGGAGUAUAUUUGGUGUCAAUCAAAUAAACUGAAUUAGUAUACUGAC